CAGGCAACAUGCACAGCGGAGAUUCAAUCCUCUCAAUCAACCAUCAGUUAUGGAAGUCGCUGCACAUGCGCGCAGGCGGAAAGCCUGCGACUUCUGCGUCUCGCGAAAGAUCAAAUGCGACUCCAUCAAGCCGACAUGCUCCAACUGCAUUCUUUAUGGGGUCGUGUGCAAAAUCACAGCUACUAACACGGGGAGGAGGAGAGCUCUACGGGGCAGUGAACCUACGCAAGCAGUGUCGCCAGCGCCGCAACCGGACCGGGUGGAUGCUAUGGAAGCUCGCCUUGCAAAUAUCGAAUCCCACUUGGCACAGCUCGCAACAGCGAGUGCUAUUGAGGGUCCUUCGCAAGAAGCUCACGAGACCAUACACUCUGGCACCUCUAACCUAGGAGCAACCAACGGCCUAGAGUCGUGGGGUUCUUCGCAAGUGAACAUGUGGAACGACGCCGAUCCCACAAACCCAGCAUAUACAAGUUUUUCUCCUCAGCCAAUACAAGGGGAUCUGAUGAACACAAAGGGACAACCAGAACUUCCACCCUUACCAGAGCUCCUACCCAUCGUGGACAAUUAUUUUCAGAACUACAACCGCCUCACUCCGCUCUUUGACGAACCCACCUUUAUGCGCAUGUUGCUGGACUGGUAUUCGUUCCCUUCGAAGCGCUCGGUGGUUCCUUGGGCGGCUAUCAACGUCGUCGUGGCAAUCAGCUUUCGCAUUAUAGACGACAUGUGCAUGGACAAUCCGCGGCUGGCCCUCUGCGUGCGCAACGUGCAGUCCGCAAUGGCGGAUUUGAUGACUUGGAGUGCAGAUCUGCUCGGGGUACAAGUGCUCUUAGGCCUAUUGAUAGUCUUCCAAGGAUACCCAGAUCCUCAACUGGCGAUAGGUUUGGUAGGGAGCGUCACCCGCCUGGCCCAGAGCAUGCGUCUGCCCUCGAAACAAGCCCUCAUCGGCCACUCGCCCGCCGCUGCAUUGCGCAGAUGUCGCGUCUUCUGGAUUGCGUACAUAGUGGACAGAGACUUGUCUCUCCGAGCCAAAGCCCCGUAUACCCAGCUCGACGGCGAGACAGACGUAGAACUUCCCGAAGAGGAUCCCGAAGAUGGCGUGGGCGUCUUGCACUCGACGAAAAACAAUGCUCGGUUCAAUUACUUGCGCGCCCGCGUGCAGCUUGCUUUCAUCGAAGGCAAAGCUUACGACGUUCUCUACAGCCGCAAGGCGCAGAAUCUCAGCCCGCAACAGAGACUGGCCAGCAUCUCUCGCAUUGAACAUCUGCUUUACGACUGGCACAAGAAAAUCCCGCAAGAAUUCCAAGACGCCGAAACCGUGGGGAAACUCCCGCGGAUGGACAUUCAGACCAUCAUGAACCUGUACUAUCGACACUUGGAGUGUCUGUUUAGGAUCCACUCGGUGUUUCUGUUUGAUGAUGUUUGGCUGAACCGGGUCAACUGCUACCUCUCCCCGACCGUCAUUGAGAUUAGAGAAGACGAAGCAGACGGGGAGGUGGUUCGCUCGAACCUGGCGCCACUGCCCAGCGGCUGGGGAGAGUGUGUCAAGUAUUGCCGAUACUGUCUGAGAUUGGCUAACCUGGGCAAGCCGACAGAGUAUUCCUUUUGGCUCCAGACAUGUGGCGCCUCGUCGUGCCUCAUCAUCCUCAUCGUCAACAUGAUUGAGUUCCCCGACCACGAACUCGUCGCAACGGAUCGAGAGUUGAUCAACCGCGGGCGCGAAAUGUUCAGCCAGAGGAAGCUGAAAGCCACGCACGAGUACUGCGGUCUGCUCAGCAUUGCCGACAGACUGGAUCGACGGGCUCGUGGGCAGGUGAAGCGUAUCGCCCAGCGGCACGUAACGGAAUUCUCUGCUUUGAUGGAUGAUGACUUUGUGCCGGCGUUUGAAUGGGCGACUUCGGCUGAAAUGGACAUGUAAUCAUGGGCUGGUCGCGGUCGGUCGUUGGCUUAGGAAGUGAAGAGUUAACUAAGAACAUAUUGCCAAA